AUGGCGAAAACAGACUCUGGCCAUGGCCGACAGUUGCUGCAGCAAGCAGAGAAGAUUCUGCUGCAUCCCAUACACCCACAUCUCAUUUCGUACUGCCCAACCAUGGACCUCAUAGCCUUAGUUACCGAUGAGGAAAAUCUCGAUGUCUACCGAAUCAACGGUCAGAGAGCAUUCGGGCUGAAGAGAAAGAACGAGGAUUUGCGCGUCGAAGCGCUACAAUGGGAGUUCAAUGGCAAGAGCAUCGCUAUCAGUUGGAGUGACGGGAGCACGGACUUGGUUAGUGCUGAGACGGGCAAGGUCACGCACAAAGACGUCAUGUUGCCAGAGGUUGGAGGAGCUGGUGGUAGCAUGGCGGAUGAUGAUGCUCCGGUCAGAGUAAGGUGUAUUGGUUGGGGUCUAAAUUUCAUCAACGUCGAGACUGUGAAGAAGCGAACAGGAUUGAAACCGAAGAAGGCGAACAGCAGUACGCCCGCUAAGACCGACGUCUUUGCCAAUCCUACAACUGAGGAAUGGGAUGCAUUCAAGGACGAUACCACAUUAGAGGACUUCCUGCAGCGUCAGCCAGAUUUCCAGACAUUGGAUAUUGCGCCCGAUUUACCGGAUCAGCUUGCUAUGAUGGAUAUUGAGGCGCUGCUACCUAAACUUCCUGCAAUACCCUUACCACCAGCGUUGCCAUUUAUGCGUAUCUCACAAGCAGACUCUGGAGCGUUUAGUUCACAGGCUGAGGCAGACUCACUCCUGCACUCGCAUCACCUGAAAGAUCACAAUUCCGUCGAUAUGUUCAUCCGACUGACCGACCGCGGGACUGUCCAUCCUUCUAUCUACGACUCGCUCGAAACAGUAAACGUCCAGCUACCCAGAGCCUGGGACAUUUCGAGCACACCGUUACUUCAUACAAGCCACCCGUACAGUUGCACGCAUAGCCUCCUCAUGCAAACAACGUCGGCUACCUCGCCCCAAAAGAAGAGCAUAGCCUAUGUUCCGCUAACAUUGAACUUUAUUCCCUUAGCAGGUGUCUACCUUCAUCUGAUCGCAGCAAAGACAUCACAGCUCCAAAACCUCCUGCUAUACAUCACGCAGACCCUUCAACGCAUCCGUGCCUUCUUUAAGCACGCUCAAGACCUCCCUCGCAAAUUCAUGAUGAAUAUCAGCGAAACACUCGAGGAGAAAGAACUCGGCGACCUCGUCACCAAUCUGUUUCACACUGCAUGCACGGGAAACUGCAACCCAGUCCUCAAAGAAUGGCUCGUCGAUGAACUCGCAGAAGCAGGACAUAAGCGUUGGGACACUACUGUUACGACAUCUUUUACGACGCUUCUGGCGCUUCUGCAUGAAAAUCUCAUCCCCGCACUCGAUCGUUGUUCUAUCGUUAUCUCGCGUCUGCGCGGCCUUGCACAAUUCCACGAUCAAGAAUGGAUAUUCAGUGGGCCAAUGAGCGAAUUCUCUGCGUUAUUGGAGACGUUGAAGAAUAUGCGGCUCCUCGCACAUACGGCUAUGUUGUAUGCAUCAGAAGAGAAGAGACAGUUCCACAACUUCAGUAAAUGGCUAAGGUUCACCGUUGACUUUGAGGCUACAGAGCUGGAAUCGCAGUCCAGAGCCGAGAUGGAACAGCGUGAUCCGGGUGUUGACGUUUCACAGGUGUUGGCGUAUAUCCAGUACGGACUUACCAAGUCUGAUGUUGCGCCAUUCUUUAGGCCAGAGGCGCAAUUGGAUCCAAAGGCCAAGGGAAGAGAGGCGGCGAGCUACGAAGAUACGAAAAAAGCCGUUGAGUUACUGAAGGAAGGUGCGACGUUCAAAGAGGAGGCAUUGUGUUUAGAACAUGUUCUUGGGCACCUGAGUACAGGGGUGAUGGGCCUGCUGAAGCAGAUUAGUAAAUGGCAGGAAGCGAACAUACAGAUGAACACUGGUGUUGUUCUUGAAGAUCUUGGAGAGACUGAUGACAUAAGUACACUCGACAUGAGGAUGGUGUUUGAGCCAUCAACAUCCUCAGACAGCAUGAGCACAUAUAUUGCAUUCUCAUCCCUGUCAUCACCUACCACACUGCAUAUCCACCGCUUAUCCGACACGCAAAGUGUAUCCAAUGUACGUAAGGACAUAUCAGCCUACGCCAUCUCCACUCUUGACUUCUCCUCUGCUUCUAUGUCUACCAAAGACGCCAAGGUCCUAGACGCCAAAUUCGCAGACGACUCUUCCCUUCUUAUCCUCCUGCAAGUUCCGUUGGAAGAUAAAACAGUGUCGAACAUCAUCGUUUCUCUGCCUUACACACUUGGCGUCAAUAGCGUGUCUCACGAACAUCCCAUCGUCACUUACACACCACUUCCACACGCAUCGGUACAACAGCAUCUCCUUCCGCAGGGCACACCACCGCCUUCAGUGUCGCGCAUCAACAUAGCGAUAACGCGCGAGACAAUCGAGAGACAUACGAGACAUGUCUUUGAAGGCCGGUUCACACCGUUGAGGCUAGAAGUCAAUGGCAGGAAAGGCAGGAGGGUGAUUGUAGUGUUGGGUAGCGACAGGAAGCAUUACAGAGUGCUGGACAUGGACUUUAGGAUGAAAAAGGAUAAGGAUGGCAGGGAUGAUGCUAGUUGGAAUGGGAGUGACAGUGAAGCGGAAGAUGGAGACGGAGAUGUCAGUAUGGAUGGGGCAUAG